ACGCCAUGCAGAACCUGAGCGAGGCCUCCCUGACCCAAUACGAGCUGGACAAUCUGAACAAACACCGUCGCUACGAGAUCCGCAUGAGUGUCUACAAUGCUGUGGGGGAAGGGCCCACCAGUUCCCCCCAAGAGGUCUUUGUCGGCGAGGCUGUCCCUACAGCUGCACCCCAGAAUGUAGUCAUCCAAACCAUCACCGCUACCCAACUCGACAUUACUUGGGAGCCACCGCCUCCUGAGACACAGAACGGAGACAUUCAAGGCUACAAGAGGCAUUUUGGUUGCCACUGUGGGAAACAGGAUAUUGAGCUCAAAGGGCCCCUGAUAACUGUGGUGGUGUACUUCAGUUCCCAAGUUAAUUUUUAUGCAGUAGCAUAA